AUGGAUAAACGUCAGAAUGAAAUAAACCAACUUACUCAUGAUGAUAAACAACAGAAAGUGGUUUGGCUUGAUAAAGAACAAUUGCAAACGCUCCACAAACUAACAAAUGCCUAUGGAAAAUUAAACAAUGAGGCUCUUGAACUGAAUCGAAAACUAGUGCAGAUGACAAAUCAAACAUUACGUCCUGGUAUUGGUCCAGUUAAUGAUUAUAAUGAAUGUAUGAAGUCAAUAGCUCGCGUUUUAAUAGAUUAUGGUUUUGAUCAAUUAGUUUAA